CCUCUGUUGGGGGCCCUGGGGGGUCUGAUGCCUGGCCCAAUCAAGCUUCGAGGGAACAGGAAAAAUAGGGUCGGGUCUUGGGGUGACCUGACUUGAGCCGCACUGUGCCCCUCAACGGUGAAGGCUUGAAGCAGCCCUGCCCGCCGCCCUGCUCACUGCGUGGCAGAGCUCCUUCAGCCUCCAUGGGGACAGUGUGUGGGGGCACCGUGCAGCGUCAGAGAGGCCCAGGGUCCGACCCAGGGCCCAGCACCCGGGCACAGCACUGUGGUAUCUGACCCUGCUCGGGUACAUCAGCCACCGAGUACUUUGUCUCUCUGUCGCGCUCUCUCUCUCUGCCUCUCUGCGCAUCCUCCACCUCCCCUCCCCAAACUUGCUGGGUUCAAGCACUCAACUCACCACUCACCUCACCCUGUAUCCUGCUCUGCCAGUCUGACGCCUACCCAGCAGCAAAACGUCGUUGAUUUUAGGUUGCCAGACGACGUCCUGCUCUAGGUUCUCCUCCUCUGGCUUACACGGUGGUCUGUCUGGUUGCCCUCCUCCUCCUGCCCUACUGCCCUGAAUAAUCUGAGCCUCUUCUCUUCCGAGCCGUGCUUGGGUGUUUGCGACUUGCCAAAGUAGACGCCCACCACCAGGCCAGCACUUGUGUCGCCCGUUACGGCGCAAGUGCAGUGCAGCAAAGCGCAGGGCCGCCGUGCAUCCUGUCCCGUCCACGAUCCAUACGCCCACUUCUACUCUCCCUCCCACCCCACUCGGCGGCUCCUCUUUUUCUUCCAGCGAAGAUUCCUUCCCUUCGCCUGCCGUCCUGCCGUCGUGGCCCUGACCAACUUUUCCCGAUUCUUUUCUUCUCGCUUCAGCCCUCCAAGCCCAACCUCCGCCGGCCGCCCACCUGUCUCCUCGCGGUACCUUUUUUCCCUUCCCCUAGCCACAGCCACGGAUCCCUCCCUCUUUUCUCGGCCAACGGUGGCAAAACAUCCAUCCAACAUCUUGCAACAGUGACGGCCGUUUAAGAAUUUCCGCAUAACACCAUACCUUGGCCACCCGAUACAAGGCUGCAGAGAGGCACAUGUUCCAAUUCGCCGCUCAACACGAUUACUAGCCCGACCAAUGGUCUCCACUCCACCACCCAGUCUUUGCCAGACACCCGAGGCCACGACUCACGACACGACACAAACUGACCCCCAUCCCUCUCCCCCGACCCUCGAGUCUCUGCCGCAACCACGGGCACCCGACAACACCACCACCACCACCACCACCACCACCGCUGGCACUACAACCCACGUCGAUAGUCUGGAUCUCGACGACAACGACGACGACAACAUCACUAUCAACGCCGAGGCAGCCAACGCACAGCAGCCCGACCCUGUCUUCCUACCGUCCGCGAUGGAGGAAGACCACUCACCGCAAGAACAAAUCUAUGGCCAUCAGAUGCCCGAGAUGGCCCGCUCAGACUCCUCUUCGGCCUCGUCCAUCGACCAGUCCAACAGCCCCCAGAUCGUCGCCCCCGUCCCAGUACGACCACGCCUCCCAAGCCGGAAAAGCAGCGGUACUAUCAUUGUCCCUCGAGAAUCAGCGGAAGCAGUUGAACCAACCGAUGUCAUGAUAGAGCCCGGCGAUGUGCGCGCAAUGAGUCCGCGGAGGACCAGCGAAGACCUCGAGGCACUGGGACGUGAGGCCCGGGAUGAACUCCGAAGGCACGCCAAGGCGCUCCAGGAAUCACUACUCAUGAUAUUCAACCGCAUCGAGGCCGUCAAGGAGGAACACGACAAGCUGGACAGCAACAACAAGUUCCUGCAAAAAUAUAUUGGCGAUCUCAUGAGCACGAGCAAAAUCACAGCAACGUCGUCGAGCAGAGCCAAAAAGUGAACGCGCCCAUCUAUCAGCUCUUCGAGGCUGGCGCGGGCGGAGCAGCUUCAACAGUGUGGCACCGAGACGCCGAUGGCAGCCGUCCAUGGGGAGGAAAAAUUAAUAGGGGCAAGCGUGACUGUGGGGCGGCAUACUGGUGGGCCUUGCCAGCAGGCAGCCGAUCUUGCUCGCCUACGUCAUGCAAAAGAGACGAAAGGAUUGUUGCUGAGGGCCGGUUGGCGGCAUGCCAUAGGCGAUAACGUUACACGACACCCUCGUGGCACCGGAGAUCUCGACAGCCGCAGCCGAGUCGCGGAUGGGAUUGGACGUUCCGUCGAGGCAUGAUCGCCGGCCGGUCAGCAUGGCGUUAUUGAAGGCAAGAUGGGCAGGAGGUGGCCCUCCCUCUCGGGCUGUGACGGCGGAGCGCAGACUACCACUACUACCGACAACUGUCAUACUACUUUUUCUUCUUUCGAUCAUCCACAACACUCACAAACCAGACAGACAGACAGAGACUUUCACACGGAAAAUACCCACGACAUGGGGAGCUUUUAGGUCAGAGGGGAGGAGGGGGCAUGGCACCGCCCGUUUCUUUUUAGUUUUGGUCCAUCAGCCGGGGGUCGACACACAUCACACAUACCCGUUUUCACUGGUGGUGGCGGCGCACCGAUGAAAAUUCCUCUUAUCAUACCACAUCAAUACCAAGGAUCUUCGUCCGCUGUUGUACAUCCCCUCCCUGAGCAACAACUGACCUCAGGACACCAACAACCUCGUCAACGGACAUUUGCACUUUUCUGCAUACAGCCAGCCAUGGGGGGCUUUUCACGGGCAUUCAAGAGACUGGGGACUGGGUAGCGUCAUGUCCACUUACACACACACAGACACACACACAGGCGUCGGCGUUUUGUCAUGCAUACAUAUGUUUGCUUUUUCUAUUCUGUCUCCCCCUCCCCCCCUCAUACGGGUCUUAUUCUCUGAGUGACGGCAUAUUGUACAUUUACAUCGUUUCUCUUUGUUUUUAUGACGACUCAUCAGGAGCACGGUGUUUAUUUUGAGUGGAGAUUAGCUCCACAGGGGAGUCUUGAUACCGGCGUCCUCGCAAAAAGAGGAGGCAUCAUAUUUGUCGUUAAAUUGACGAUAGGGUUUGCAUAUAUCUAGUCGCUUGCCCCCUGAACAGUCGGUGGGGGAUGUUGAUGGGGGAGCUCGCACACCGACACCCUCGUAGCAGAGUCCACAAAAGGAAAUUCCAGCUGCAAUACAA